AUGUACACCACACCGAUCUACUUCUGGCGCGAGACUGGUCAAGGCGGCUACCUAUCUCAAUGGUGGCAUGCCGACCCUUUCAAGUCGGCAUCUUCCCCCGAUUCUUCGCCAAUCACAUUCAAGACGGCAGAACACUACAUGAUGCACGGAAAAGCGGUCCUAUUCAAUGAUUUUGAGAUCGCCCUUGAUAUCCUCAAAGCAGAUCAUCCCCGAAAGGUGAAGGCUCUGGGUCGCAAAGUCGCCAAUUUCGACGAGAAGAUCUGGAAUGAGAACAGAGAACGCAUUGUCCUCGAAGGGAGUCUACUCAAGUUUAGGAGCAGCCCUGAGCUGAGAGCCCAGCUCUUAGCGACGGGCGAUCGCGAGCUCGUUGAGGCUAGCCCGAUGGAUCGCAUCUGGGGUAUCGGGUUCAGCCCACAGAAAGCGCCCGCGUCAGAUCGAAGUCGAUGGGGGCUAAACUUGCUUGGGAAAAUACUGAUGAAAGUCAGGGCUCAGUUGAGAGAUGAAGAGAAUGGCGAGGACUGGAAAGAGCUUUGA